AUGACGUCAUCAUCAACGUUGAUGACAUCAUCAUCAUCAUCGUUUGAUAAUGUUUUUAAGAAGAAGGCAUCAUCAUCAUUUCGUUUGAAUACCCUGAAAACGACGGCGAAAACGAUGAGAAACAACAAGGUUCAACAAAAGAAUAUUACAAUCAAAGCAGAAGCGAUAUCGGAAGAUUCCUCUUCAACGAACUCUUCGGACAUAUUCGCCGAUUUGGUCGAAAACUCUUCUUUUGGUUCUUCUCAUAAUAAUAAUGGUUUCGUUGAAAGAGGAGAACACAUCAUUUCCUCUUUCAAUCAAAAUUCUCCUGUAAUUUCAAACACAAAAAACGCUCUGAAAGUUUUUAGCGGAUCGGCGCACCCGGAAUUGUCCACGGAAAUUGCCAACUAUUUAGGCAUGGAUUUAGGGAAACUGACGAUUAAGAAGUUUGCGGAUGGGGAGAUUUACGUGCAAAUAAACGAGUCCAUUCGCGGUUCGGACGUGUUUUUAGUGCAACCGACGUGCCCGCCGACGAACGACAACAUCAUGGAGUUGCUGGUUAUGAUUGACGCCUGUCGACGCGCGAGUUGCCGUUCGAUUACCGCCGUGAUCCCAUAUUUCGGCUACGCCAGAGCCGAUCGAAGAACGGCUGGGAGAGAAUCGAUUGCCGCGAAACUCGUCGCAAACUUGUUGACCCAGGCUGGAGCGACGCGAGCGGUGUUGAUGGACAUUCACUCGUUACAAACGAUUGGGUAUUACGACAUUCCCGUCGAUCACAUUUACGGCGAAACUGUCAUCUUAGAUUAUUUAACCUCGAAAGACUUCCACCCGGACGAAGUUGUCGUCGUCAGCCCGGACGUUGGUGGCGUGCCUCGAGCGCGAGCGUUUGCCAAAAAAUUAGCCGACGCGCCUUUAGCCAUCAUCGAUAAAAGACGCACGGGACACAACAAAGCGCAAGUGAUGAACUUAAUCGGUGACGUUGAAGGAAAAGUUUGCGUCAUGUUGGACGAUAUGAUUGACACCGGCGGUACUUUGCUGGCUGGUGCGGAAUUGUGUCGCACGCUCGGCGCGAGAGAAGUGUACGCUUGCGCCACGCACGCGGUGUUUUCGCCACCCGCGGUGGAACGGUUAGGCAGCGGCGCGUUUACCGAAGUCAUCGUGACCAAUUCUAUUCCGCAUACGCCGGAGAGAGAUUUCGCACAGUUGACCGUGUUAUCCGUCGGGAACUUACUCGGUGAAACGAUUUGGAGAGUCCACAACGAUACGCCGGUAUCGUUCAAUAAGUUGUAA